UCGCCGUUCAUUCUCCACGUUGGGAGGGUGUUCUGCGUCUGUUUUCUUGUCAUGUAAAAAAAAUUUGUUCCGUGCUUUUACAAAUUAACCGAACGUGCUUCUUCGCGCAAUGUUUGUUUGUUACACUGGAACGACACCUCUGUGAGCUACGUGAAAAUAUCGUGAAAUGACAGUUGGAAGUGAAUCGAUGUUUCAGUGCAGUAUUAUUUUAUAUGUUUUUUUUGUUCUGUGCACGUAUCGUUAAUCGUACGUCGAUUGCCUGUACUACCGAAUACCGCGAGCUAUUUGUCUAAAGUAUCCACAGCGACGAACGUAUUGACAAACCGAAAACAGAACAAAGAAGGUAUUCACUAAAAAUCCUCGUCCAGAAGGAAGUAAAACUACAAACAGCGGAUUCCAAAAGGAUCCCUGGAGUGGUGCUACGAACAGAAUGGUGAAAAUCUCGAUACCGAGCCGCGUGAGGUGAUUAUGGUGACAUGAGCAACGACCGCGGUUCAAAAGAAUCCUUCCGGAGCCAAAGCGAGAAGUCCGCGGGAGGUUCAUGUUCGGGAAUAGACAGGCAAGAACGAACUGGCGAAGAUCAUUCUUCGAGAACGAUUGACCAAGCUGGAAAUGCUCUGCGGAACGACGAGCAAACAUUUUCACGAACGAGCGAUACACUUAGAUCACCUAGCCGGCAUGCGGAAGGUGAGGCCGAAUCAGGGAAGCAUUCCCAGGGAACGCUCGACAGUUCCCAGGGAGAUUCAUCUGGGAAAACAAUCGGACGAGACGAGGUUAAUACCGUUUCAAGAACGAGCGAAAGUCUUUCAGGGAACGUCGCCAUACCAGGAAGUUCCUCGUGGAGCAACCUGCAUUUUUCCCAUCGCGGUGUCGCGUUAGAAACUGGCUGGUCGUCGAACGAAACAUUCGGGAAAUCGUAUGGAUUCGAACAUCUGCUAGGAAUACCGGAUAACCAGUCCGGGAGGAACGUCUGGAGAACGGAAGGAGGUUCAAGUGAUACUUCAAGGAUGAGCGCCGGACAAGAUGGAAGACGUUCCCUGGGUAGCAAAGACUCCAGCGACUCCUGGCGAUUAAGGAGCCCCGAGAGUCCAUCUUGGAAGCUGGGAACUAGCUCCCCGCGGACCCCCAUGUUCACCAGUUUGGCCCUAGACGUUUCGUACGCUGGCUUGGACUCCUCCGGCCAUUUUGACUCUGCCACCCGCAGAAUACACCGGGAAGAUGAUCCGCCGGAGUACUGGCAGGACUACAGUGUCAUCGAUUAUCUGGAUAAGUUGGCCUCCAGCGACGACAGCACGCCGGAGGAACGGGUCGAGACCUUGAAGGAGAUCCUGGCGGAAACGGACAUCCACGAGGGCGAUGGAAUCGUUUCCGACUUUUUGUUCCACGUCGCCAAGACGAAGCACGGCAAGAUUUACAUCAGGGUCAUUAGAACGAUGCUUCUCAACAGAGUUCUAUGUAGCAGCCGGGUGAGCCAAAUGACCAAGACGUAUAAUGACAUAGAAGCAGUCACAAGGCUUCUAGAAGAGAAAGAGAAGGAUUUAGAACUCACCGCACGCAUUGGAAAAGAAUUGUUAUCGCACAACCAAAAACUCGAAACCACGGUUACCAGUUUAGAAUCAGAUUUAAAGGAAGCUAACGAACGGAUCACUCAACUCACGCACGAGCUUACGAAGAAGACAGAGAUCAUCCAAAUCUUGACAAAUGAUGUUGAAGAAACGAGCUCUGAAGCCGGGACGCCCACCGGAUUGCGUGGUAUUAAUCUUGACGUGAUGCAGAAGAAGAUCAGUAAUUUGGAAGACGAGAACAAACAACUGCGAACUGAGUUUGCGAAAUUAGUACACGACACUGAUAAUUCAGAGGAGCAAGAGGCAAAACUUGUCAAGGAUAUCGCCGCUCAACUUGCAAGUGCAAACAUGGAAGUGGACGGGAUUGCAGAGGAGCUUGACAGGCAAAAAGAAGAGAACCGACUACAACAUGAGCAAAUUGUCAGUUUGACGGCAAAACUGGCAGAAACGGAAUUGAGAUUAGCACAGUUGAUGGCUGAGCAUGACGAGGUGGGAGCCACUUUGCUCAUCACAAGGGAUAACCAGAAUACCCUGGCGAGCGAACUGGCCGAAUUUAAGGAUCGAUAUACAGAGGUGGUGAAUUUAUUAGCAGAAACUCAAGAGCAACUGCGAAAGCAACGAAAAAGAGGAAUGCCAACAGUUAGAGGAGGAUCUCUGUUUCCCUCAAUGGGAGCUGCACCACAACCAGAUUCCAUUGCUUCGGAAUUAGAAUCCUCUCUUUAUUCCGAAUUCAGCUUAGAUUCUGGUAUCAGCACUGACAGAGUACCUACAUACAAGAAGGUGUUUGAAACAGUUAGAAGUGCUUCAAGAAAUUCUUAUGGAGUUGAUGGUAAUCAGUUCCCAAGAAUAGGAUCGAUGACUACAUCAACUCUGUCAAGUGGUUUCAGUGGACCCAGAAUGAGUUGUGGACAAAUUCGACCUACGGCAUCGACGUUCCCUAGUUUAGAUUCUGCUGGCCAUAGCGAUUCGGAAGGCUCCCUUAUUACAGAUUCUGAAGAUUAUCCGGGUCCCCAAAAAGCGGGAAUACCCGGAGCUCCUGGAGCAGCGGAUCUUGAGGCAGCUCUUCGCAGGUUAACACCUGCUGAAGUCAUAGCACGACGUGCUUGCCUUAGCACGGGUACAGGAUAUAGUUAUGAUUAUGACGCCGGAAUAAAUUCACCCUCAGCCUUCGUCCCUCUUGGUUGUAGAACACCAGACAGCAUUAUGUCCACAGGAAGCACUGGCAAUUUAAGUGGUUAUAGCGGAAACGCUUGGAGGAUUCCUGAAAAAUUACAAAUAGUAAAACCUAUUGAAGGUUCACAAACGUUACAUCAUUGGACUCAAUUAGCCACGCCAACUUUAGGUGGUCUGUUAGAAGACAGACCGGGUGUAAUGACUCGUGGAGGCCGUGGCCUGGAAGACUUAGGCCUAGUCACUUUUACUUUAAGCGAUCUUGAAGAAGAUGAAGAAUAUACUAACCCUGGAAAACUCUUCCAAGACACAGGCUCCGUGUAUACUUACACUAAUAGCACUGUUCUUCAUCCAGAUGAUCAUACAAACGUAACUCCAAGUAUUGUGGGUAGCAGGGUUGCUACUGCACCUAGUAGUGCUUUAAAUUCCGGAAUGAGUACUCCAAGAACUUUAAGUAGAAGGAAUUCAACUUCGACAUUUUCAACAACCCUUGGGCUUGCCAAGAUGCUGAAUGAAAGAGGCAUAAAAGCUGUAACACCUUCCUGCGUUGGUACUCCAAGUGGAGAAAGAAAUUACACACCUACUGCAACACCAUGCAAUAGUCCUGAUGCUAGUCCACCAGAAAGUCGAUCCAGUUCACCAACUCCAGAAAGUGGAAUUUCGCUUGGAUUGUUAUCUAGUGGAGCAGAAUUGUUAAAGAGAACGUUUGGUGGAGAAACAGCGGUGAAAAGAAAGCGGACAGUACUUUCAAGAUCCGAAAAGAAGGCUCUUACUGGUAUUCGUCUAGUAGAAAAGCUAGAAAGAAUUGGUAUUGAUACUAUAAUGGCCACAACGAUCGGUUCUUCUAUUUCUCCACUAGCUCUUCAAGGUACUUUAUACACCAGGCGUGCUACCGACAGCCCUAUGGCUCAGUUAACUUUCCUAAAACACUCCAUAUCCUCAAGUGGAAGUCAGGAAAAACUUUCACCUUCUUCCUCCGUAAGUGAUUCCUCAUCGACGAAACGACAACUCGUUGAAAAACAGCAAGCUGAGUCCACAUCGGGUAGGGAGACAAAUAGACAAAGGAGAACUGGUGCUAGGGCCACGAGGCCCGAUCUUGGACAGGUUACACCUGCGGUCCCCGUCACUGUUACAAAAGAAUCAACCGCGCAAUCUGCUUUGGGAACACUUAGUUCGCUUUUAUUUGGACGGAAAGGUGGAUUACUUUGAAACCACUUUUCGUUGCGUGCUAAAUAAAAUAAUAUGGGGAUCUUAGAUAAAAUUUAAAAGAAUCAAACAGAAGAUUGUCGGAGCGAUGAGAAAAUUGAUUGUUUGCUUUUUCUGCGAGGUUGUUUCACAAUAUUUUUCAAUAUAGAAUGAAAAAUGUUCACAUUUCUAACGUAAACAAGAAUAUGAUAAUAUAUUGCAUAAUACAGAACGUUUGAUACAAAGCAUAAAUUUUGUAUUACUUUGUAUACAAUAUAUAUUAAACAACAUGUUCAGUAAACGACAUUUUACCAUUUUAACACAAUGCUUUAAUAUGUUUCAAACAUUUUCAAUUCAUUAAAUGUGCUUUUAUUUUAUAUCUUUUUAAGAUUGCUUUGCAUGCAAAAUAUUGUGCACGUGUUUAUUAUGUUUUCAGAUAUAAUAUUUUGUAACCAACUUGAAAGUCUGAUAUUUUCAUUGUAUAAUGAAAUAGUUUUCAUCGCCAGAUGUGACAUUUUCUUUGUACAUUACUUAUUAUUAGAAAUAUUUAAACAUUUAAAAUCAUGUCAUAAAGUAGUUACAUUUAAAUCGUACUGGUACUGCUGAAUAGAAUUUAAACAUUCCUUAUCAUAUUUUUCAAGAACAUAUUUCCAAUAUUACUUUCAGUUUAAAAAAAAUGAACUCUUAAUUAUCUUUAUGCUAUGUAUAAGUGUUAACAUACGAAACAAAAUGCGGUUUUGUUUUUUGGGGGAAAAAAUAGUUCAGUUUGAAAUACACUAGCAAAUAUUUCCAAAAAUUACAGUAUUAUAUGUAAUGUAUGUAAUUUUAUAUUUAAAUAAUCAAUUUUUCAGCGCUCCGAGAAUCUACAAUUUGGGAAAAAUGAACUAACUUUUAUUCAUUUUAAUUUCAAAAAGCAGCUAUUUCACAUGAAUUAUUUCGUUUUAUAAAUGAUUUAUUGUAAAUAAGUGAUUCAUCUUUUUAAAAAAGGGAUAAAACAUAUUCCGUAGUGCUGCGUAGUAAUAAAAACCAAAAAAAAGUGUACAUGAUUAUUUUUAGUGCUCUUUGAUUAGUAAAAAUUAAUUCAGGCACGUACAAAGAAAUAAUUUGAAAUUGUUAGUUUAUACAUAUUCAAAACGGCGAAAGUUAGAGAAAUGUAUUAUGUAAAUUAAUUUACAUUGUAUAGAGAAUAACACAAUAUAGCGAUUAAUACUUAAAAAUGACUUAGAACGUUGCAGUCAUCUAAUUAUGAAAUAUUACAAUUUAUUCAAUUGAAUUUUAUGAAAAAUAGUGAUAUUUUGUGUUACCGCAGAAUACAAAUUCUUUUAAGUGAAAGUGUUCAAUUUAGUUGUUAGUUUGUAUUACUUUGUAUUACUGAAAAAAUCAUUUGCCGGGAAAUUCGAACAUUCGUAAUAUAACAGUAAAACAAUAUUAUUUAUUUAUUGUUUUAUUUUAUGCGCGCCAGAGUCUUACAACGAUACAACAGAAAUUAUGAAAAAAUGCAACAAUUAUUAAUGCACUUUCAUGUAAAAGCAGGUAAGCGACUUACGCUUUAAAGACAACCUUCAUAAAUACAAAUUGAUUUCUAACUGAAUGAUAAAUUGCAAGAAAAAAUAUUCUCUAAACAAAUACCAAAAAACAUUGAAAAAGUCGCAGCGGAUUUUGUAUGUCGGAGCACAAUUUCUAGAAACAAAAAUUUUAGGGUGCUUUAAAUUAAAUCAUUUGUGUUUCAUUAGGACUAGGAAUUUAUUGGAAAUUGGUCAAUUAUAAUUCAGAUUAGUUAGUUAAUUGCGUUACUACUGUCGGUCUUUGUUUUAGAGACCUUACAGUUAGUACAGAUAAUUAAUUAAUUAUCGAUUAAUUAGUGAUCACUCGACUAAAGUAACUAGUUAUGUUACUAAUACACUAUUUUUAGUUAAUGAUCUCUUGUAAAUAACAUUAUAUUAAAUUCUUAUCAAUUAACUGUUUCGAAAUUGACAGGAUUAUACGUCCAAGAUUAUGUUUGCGAACCGCAAACUUCAGUCCCGUCUUUUCAUUUCAUUUUUUUUUAUUGAUAUUGAGAUAUAUUGAAACAUAAUCUCAUUACGAAAAAGUAAUGGGAUUCUGUAUUCUGUUUUGAAAAUAAUUUAUAUGUAUUUUAUUCUAAAAAACCGCUUUGGAAAGGUUAAAUCGUACCUUAUUUCUGACACGUAAUUUAAAAUAGAUCUAUUCAAGUGAAAGUUAGUAAUGAAAAAUUUUUUUUUAAUGAAACUAGAUUCAGCGAACUUCAUAUUUAUAUAAUAUGAAAUUAAUUGAUCAAUAAUUAAUCGAACAGUGAUUGAUCAAUUGCUUAUGUAAAUAAUAAUCUGGGAUUUUAUUUCUACUUUGCCUCUUUUUUUUAAUCGGUUUUGAUUAAAAAAAUUGAUUGCAAUGUAUGUAGCGUGUUUGAUGGUGAACCGCUGUUGUAUUCAUGGAUGGACCUCUGUCUUGUAUUAUAGGGAAGAGGAUUGUUUAGCAGGUGCAGCCUUGUACAUAGACAAGUAUCGAUUAAUAAAUUAAAUUGAAAAAUC